AUGGCGUCCCCCGCUUCGGCUCGGCCUUCGGCCGGAAAGCGAGUGGUGAGUCAGGAUGAACUGCGGCGGUUGAUGAAGGAGAAACAGCGUCAGAGCACCAACAGGAAACGCAUAGAGUCUCCAUUUGCGAAGUACAACCGUCUGGGGCAGCUGAGUUGUGCCCUGUGUAACGCCCCGGUUAAGAGCGAGCUCCUGUGGCAGACGCACGUCCUGGGGAAGCAGCACCGGGAGAGAGUGGCCGAGCUGAAAGGCGCCAAGGAGGCCACGCAGGGGCCGGCCGCCGGCGCCGUGCCUCAGUCCGCCAAGAGGAAGGCGCCGGACUCCGACGGCCAGGACGCCAAAAGGCCGAAGGCCCCCCAGGUGCCUCCGGCGCAGCCCUCCACGUCCGCUGUGCACACCCACGUUGACAAAGCAGGAAAGGAGUCCACUAGAGCGACCCCCGGUAAGGCUUCGGCACUCGGUUUACUCCCUGAUUAUGAAGAUGAGGAAGAGGAGGAGGAGGAAGAGAAGGAGAAGGGAGGAGAAAGGCCAGCGGGGGACGCCAGCAAGCAGCCGCCCGACACACAGGGCAGGGAACACCCACUUUCCUCCUCGCGGGAGGCGGCAAGCAGCGGGCUGCCGAGAGACUUCUCGACUGCAAAUCCUCCCAAGGCCCCUGUAAUUCCGCACUCGGGGUCCAUUGAGAAAGCAGAAAUACAGGAGAAAAUCGUGGAAAGGAGAGAAAACACUGCGGAAGCAUUGCCGGAAGGCUUUUUUGACGACCCUGAGAUAGAUGCGAGGGUGCGAAAGGUUGACGCCCCGAAGGAUCAGAUGGACAAAGAGUGGGACGAAUUUCAAAAGGCCAUGAGACAGGUCAACACUAUCUCCGAAGCCAUCGUUGCUGAAGAGGAUGAGGAGGGGCGGUUGGACCGGCAGAUUGGGGAGAUCGAUGAGCAGAUAGAGUGUUACCGUCGGGUGGAAAAGCUGCGGAAUCGCCAGGAUGAAAUAAAACAUCAGCUUAAAGAGGUCCUGACGAUGAGAGAGCUGCAGAAAAAGGAAGAGGAGAAUGUUGACAGCGACGAUGAGGGAGAACUGCAGGAUUUGUUGUCUCAGGAUUGGAGGGUGAAGGGGGCUUUGUUAUAGGAUUUCAAGGACCCAGUAUUUCUAAUACCCAUAAAAAAGUGCUGUCUCUCCAUAUACUGAUUACUCCAUUCCUGGAGGUUUGAUAACCUGACGAGGCUGUUGCAGUACAGUAUGAGCCUGUGAAAAUAGCACUGUGGAAAAUUGGUGUAAAAUAUUUUUGAGAUGAGGAAACAUGCUCAGAAGUGAAGGAACUUGCUCAAGGCAACAAUUCCAAAGUUCCUGCUAUUACCCUCAUCAUUAUUUAACAUUACUUAUAUUUUCAAAUCUCAACACCUCCAGAUAGUCUCUGAUGGGAGCAAGAAUAAUGACUUCAUUUCCCAAACAUUCCAACUGGGAAACAACAGUUACACCGUGCCCUGUGCUCCACCACUUUUUACAUGCCUUUGGGUAAAGAGGAAAGGAGAGAGAUAGAAACAUCAAUGAUGAGAGAGAAUCAUUGAUUGGUUACUUCCUGCACACCCCCACUGGGGACUGAACCGGCAACCUGGGCAUGUGCCCUUGACGAAUCGAACCCCGGGACCCUUCAGUCUUCAAGCCAACACUCUAUCCACUGAGCCAAACCAGCCAGGGCGCAUGUAAGUGCUUUUAGUACAGACUCUCUAAUAAUACUAAUUGAAUACAUGAAUGAAGAUCUGACCCUACCUUCAAGAAAACUACAAUUCGGUGUGUGUCAACAGUAUAAGAAAUUGGGCACCCAAUUAUUUAAUUAUUAUUAAGUAGGGCUGAUCACGUCUGACUUCCCUCUCCCUAGCUAUGUGGUGUCUACCUAGUCAGUUUAUUGUCUGAAUCUUAAUUUGAUCCCCUCCGGGCAUUACGCUCUCUGGGUACUCCCUAACAGCCCUCCCACCUGUGUAUCGCUGUGAUACUGUGAUCUAGAAUAAAAAAUAUCUGUAUUUU